CUCGCCGUCGACAUUUUGAACAAACUUUAUCAGUUACCGGCGUCAAUCGGUUACAUGUCCAACAUGGGCGCACGGGUCGCGCGUAUGUUCCGAAAUUUCAAUCUAGAAAGCCGAGUUCACCGAGAAAUCUCCAAAGAAAAGCCCCGCGCGGCACCGCGGCACGAGGCCGACCUGCCGGCCUCCGACGGGAGCUCCGACGCUUUGGAGACCGCGAGAUCCGUCAGCCAGAAGAACGACCCGCUGCUGACCCUCCUGAAGUCCGUGUACGUGGAGUCGAAAGAUCCGGCCGCAGAGGACUCGAAGGACGUGGCCGGGGGCGACGAGGCGGAGCGGCGGCCGCUGAGGUUCAGCCUGCCGGGGGAAACUUUCAGCCCCGUGGAGCUCACCGAUGUUCCUAAAGGCAAACUGACCAUCGUCGAGGCUCUGACGGCCCUGAGCAGCCACCAGCGCCAGCCUCAGACGUGGACGCUGGGGAAGAUCGCUCAGGAAUAUUCUCUGGACCUGAAGGACACCAAGGCUCUGCUGGAGUUCUUCAUUCCUUUCCAGGUCCACAUCAUACCACCCAAGACGGAAAAGGCCAAGCAGAUAAAGGCUUCGUAGGACUGGAUCGUAUGUGAAUGUCAGACAUUUGACAAAAUAUGACCCGACUUAUUACUGUGCAAUAUAAAGUUAUGAAUAAAUACCAGUAUUUUAUUUAAAAUAUGUCUUCAGACCAAGUAAAAGGUCAGCAUAACAAUCAGUGGCUUGCUUUGCCCGGAGGGUUGAGAGGAGAUGGAGAAGCAGUCUCCACGAGUCCCUGUCCAGCUGCAUAGGCAGGGAUUCAAGCUCCAGUCAGACCUCAUUCAUGCAACCAGCAGGAUUUUUUUCUUCAGCUCUGGAGCUGGGCUGGAGCAAAUCUGCAGAAUAUCUGCAGUCUUUUUAGGAUAAAGAAAAAGUCUCCCAAAUGAGUACCUAUUACAGGGGUGCAAACUUGUCACCUUUCGGCGAAAUUUGCAGUUUUUGUUUCAAAAUAGGUAAUUUGUGUGAUUCAUGUAGAUCUGCAAUAAAAAUAUAUUUUUGGGGGGGGGGGGUGGUCCGGUCCUCCCAAGUAAUCUGCGAACGCAAGCUGUCAUGAAUAUUUUUUUCAAGCUUGUUCGUUUGGCCAACUCGUGUCAUCAUGUCAUCUUGGGGUCUAUAGCUGCCUAGAUGCCGUAAAAGAACGUCAAGUCUUUCUAACGAAGGCUAACGUGCUGAUGUCAGACAGUCGGCUGACAGACGCCUUCGCAAAUCACAUCUACCAUUUUUGCUGGUUACAAUAACGGUGUUAUCGGAUAGUACAGUGUCUAUUUCUCGGGAACUUUUGAAAAAUCGAAGCGAGAAAACGACGAAAAAUGUACCUACCUUAUCUUCACAUUAAAAAAUCCUAAAAUAAAAAAUGGGAAAUCAACAGAGAAAUCAAAGGCUUACUCUGAUAUCAAUGUAAUGUUAGCGAAUGAGGGGUGAGAAGCCCCCUCCCUCCCUCUUGCUAAUAUUUAUUCUGUUCGUCCAAAGCGAAAUCUAUUAAAAAAAAAAAUAUAUAUAUUUCCCCGAGGGGGUUUGGAUCUUUGUCACCUUUUACAUCCCUGAUGAGUUUGCACCCCUGCUAUUAAAGCAAUAAGGUACGAGGGCCGCGGGAUCCAAAAGAGUUGAAGGAUGAAAGGGACAUCAAUCAAUUAUCUUUAUUGGGGAUUCAAUUAUCCGUUUAUUCCGGCUUUGUGAUUGAAUUGAUUGAGUACAGAUGGAGUUGACCUGUGGACAGGUGUCAAGUUGGGAGAAUUGAUAGAAGUAUUGAUUUGGUUUCUGAUGCAUCGGUUCUUUUUGGUCCUCUUCUGGAGAGUGUCACUUUCACCACAAUCCAUCAACACAGAGGAAAAACAAUUAGUUAUUUUUCAUAAAUGAAGUCUUUGCAGUUGGUAAAUACAAGGUUUUUCAACAUCAGGGACGUUAUCAAUCCAUGGACAUAAAAACCCGACCUCAAAAUAGGGGGGAGGGGGACAAAUAUGUAUAAAUAAAAGAGCAAUCUGUCGGAUGUGAACACCAUCAGGAGAAGAGAAUGAUUUCUUUUAAUGUCUGGGCUCGGGCUCUGAGAGGGACUGAGGAGGUGGAGGAGGACGUGACGGGUGGAUGAAGGCCGGAGAGAGAGCUGGAGGAAAAACAGGCAGAGGAGGCUUCGUCUCCCGUAUAUCACAUCUUGAAAUCAGGAGAAUUAAUCACAAAUCAUCACACCUCUUCUUAUUCAUUUCUCACCGUCUCUUCUUACUCCCUCCUUCCUGCGCCUCAUCCAAAAAAUAAAUACAUUUUUAAAAAUC